CAGAAAAUGAAAUGGGUCCCUUUGAUUCUCAUCUCCAUUAGACACUUUGAGAUUUAAAUACCAACUCAUCUUCUUCAGACAGUACAUUCAUACUUUGUUUGACAGAUUGAUCUUCUCUCUAAUGGCGUCAAGAAGAAUCUUGAAGGAGCUCAAGGACUUGCAUAGAGAUCCGCCUACCUCUUGCAGUGCAGGUCCUGUUGGUGAAGACAUGUUUCAUUGGCAAGCAACAAUAAUGGGUCCAAACGACAGCCCUUAUGCAGGCGGGGUUUUUCUUGUCACCAUACAUUUCCCUCCGGAUUAUCCUUUCAAACCCCCCAAGGUUGCUUUCAGAACAAAGGUUUUUCAUCCUAAUAUUAACAGUAAUGGAAACAUCUGUUUGGACAUACUCAAGGAACAAUGGAGUCCUGCUCUAACCAUAUCAAAGGUUUUGCUAUCGAUAUGUUCGCUUUUAACUGAUCCGAAUCCAGAGGAUCCCCUUGUUCCCGAGAUCGCUCAUAUGUGCAAGACAGACAAGAUCAAGUACGAGUCCACAGCCAGAAUUUGGACCCAGAAAUAUGCAAUGGGUUGAGAUCAAGAUCGGGAAGAAUUUAAUAAAAUGUUGGAUCUGAAUUUAAUAAAGACACCAUUUUUUUUU